AUGCAUCAUCCAGAUCCUGAACAGUUACGAAUUUUUAAUGGACAUUACGACGACGAUGUUCUUUUAUUCAAUAAUAGAGUACCCACGCUAACAACGUUAUCCAGUGCAUCGAAUUAUGCAACGAAACUACUUGAGAAGUUCUCUUUAAUGCGUGAUAAACCCGAUUUAUGUGAUUUUCGUAUUGAUAUCAAUGAUAAACACUUCUAUUGCCAUAAAUUUUUAUUAAUAGCGACAUCAGAUUAUUUUAAAGCAAUGUUUAAUGGCCAUAUGAGUGAAAGUCAAUCCGAUCAUGUCGAACUAAAAGGUUUCGAACGUUCAUCCAGUGGUGUUGAAUCUAUGAUAAAUUUUUGUUAUUCUGGCUCCCUAUUCAUAACAUUUGAUAACAUUGAUGAAUUAUUGCAUGCUGCAACACAUCUACAAAUACACGAUGCCAUUGACUUAUGUUCACAAUUCCUUAUUGAAUCAUGUUCAAUUAAUAAUUGUAUUGAUAUAUAUAAAAUAUCGGAUUUAUAUUCACUUAAUAAUGUUUUAAGUAUUAUAAAAAGUUUCAUAUCAAAAUAUUUUGUUUUACUUAUGUUUCAUUCACGCCAUCAAUUUGAACAAUUAACAUACGAACAAAUCUAUAAUGAAUUAUCUCGUGAUACAUUAGAAAUGUAUCAAUUCAAUGAAUAUGACUUAUUUACAAUGACAUGUAUAUGGAUUAAAGUAAAUCAACAAGAAAGAGAAAAAUAUGCAACAGAUUUAUUUAAACUUAUUCGUUUUAUGCUAAUGACACCCGAACAACUAUGUGAUCAUGUUCGUAGUAAUGAACUUAUUAAAAGUAAUGAACAAUCUAGAAUAUUAGUACAAGAUGCUCUAUGUUAUUAUGCAUUACCAAAUAGACAACCGCUUAUCAACGAUGUACAAUCUCGAAUAAGAAAUGACUCAAUACUUGUUGCUGUUGGAGAAAUUGAAUUGUUUUCAUUGAAUACUGUAUCUGAAAGAUGGGAAACAUUGUGUCAAGCUCCAUUAGAAGAAAAUUAUCCGUAUCCAUUUAGUGCAAUAACUGUAAAUAAUUAUUUAUAUGUACUUGGUACACGUCGCUCAUCAUCUGAAGAAUAUAAAUCAUGUUAUCGUUUCUCUGCACGUACCUGUGAAUGGAUUAAAUUGCAAAAUCUUUUACAUGAUCGAUCACGAUUUGCUGCUGCACAUGUGAACUCAUUUAUUUAUAUUAUGGGUGGUUUUGAAGGAUUCAAACGAACAACACGUGUUUAUGUAAAUACAAUUGAACGAUAUUCAAUAGAAAAUGAUCAAUGGGAAUCAUUUUCUGCCGAUGGCCCACAACUUUCAUCUCUAGCAGCAUGUGCAUGUGGAGAUUCGAUUUUUCUUGGCGGUGGAAAAAAUGGCCAAUGGUCCAAAAUAGCUGAUUUUUAUUGUUUUUCAAUUGAAAAACGUCAACUAGAAAAACGUGCAUCAAUGCUCAACGCUCGUACAACGCAUGCAUUUCAUAUAUUUGAUGAGAAAAUUCUCGCUAUUGGCGGUUUUGAUGAUGAUGGAAACGGUAUGUUAUCUAUUGAAAGUUAUGAUACUCAUUGUGAUCAAUGGACUAUAUUGACAUCAAUUCCGGGUGCUGUGUCAAAAACAUGGCCACAAUCGCUUGGUACAGUUGGUAGACGUAUUUAUAUAUCGGUAUUUCACACAUCGAAUUCAUUUAUUGUGAUGCAAGAAGGUUAUUUUUUUGAUUUGGAUACUCAACGAUGGAUAAAAGCCCCUGUUGUGCACGAACGUGCACGAUACUGUCCAACAGUUCAACUUCGUUUUCCGAAACAUUUUCUUAAGUCAAUACAAACAGCAACAACAAAUAAUCCAGCAUCUUUGCCGACCUCUUCUAAUCUUGUGCUUAUCAAUACUUGA